AUGUUUCAACCAGCGUUUGUGUUCCUGUUUUUCCUCGCAGCAGCGGCUGCCCACUGGCAGCACGACCUGUUCCGAAUUGUCGGAACAGUUGUUGUCGCUGUUCUUGUUCUUGUUGCCGGGGUGUGCUGCGUCGACAGCCCCCGAUUGUUUCUAUUUGGUCUGCUGCAAUCAGCUGCAGACUUGGUGGCUCGGCCACCACCAGUGUUUAUCCGUGCCGAGGCCCCCGGGGCCGAGGCCAAGAAGAUUGAGAGCCAGAGAGGCCAGAUGAGCGGAUUGGAGGAGCAACUCUGUCGCACGGAGGCACGAGUUCGUGUUUCCGAGACAACCCGGGAGAAGGAGAAGAAACGCCACGGGAAGGAGGUCCAGUACCUGGACGCUCAGCUGGCGGACCUAUCCCGGGGGAUCAAGGAAGCCCUGUUCGCGAAGGAUCAGGUCAUCGUCGAGUGCCGCCAGUGGCGGCGCAAGUUCGAGAACUUGGAAGACCUACAGCAACAGGCCCUGGAAUUCCCCCCUCGUGGGGUGCAGGGACGUCCUCGUUGGGCCCCUGCGACGAAAAACGGAGUUGUGAAGGGGGGACGUAUUCGACCGGCUAAAAAAUUCACUGCCAUUGCGCAGGUGGGACUUGUCAAUGCGGCGUGGGAGUCUAAGCUGGCCAGUUACGAGAACGAGGCCCGAGACUAUGUGGCCCGCAUAACUGACCAGCUUGGAUCUCUUACCGCCGCCGCCACCGCGCUCAGCGUGGAGAACACUUACCUCCACCAGCAGAUCCAGGCCCGCCCCGAUGCCCUGCAGAAGCUGGCCCAGCAGCAACUGCAGGAUGCCGUGGGACGCACGGAGGCCUUGGCGAAUCAACUGCAUGGGGAGCGUGUCGCCGCGCUGCAGCAGACUCACCUCGAGGAGCUGAUGGCAGUCAAGGUCGAGUACGAGAAGAAGUUGGUGAAGGCGACGGCGGAAAUCAAGGCCGAGGGGUCCGCAGUGACCCAGCAGCGUCAGGUGGCUGAAAGCGCAGCUCAGGAGGUCAACUCCUUGAAGCUUGCGCUCGCUGCUAAAGAAGCGCAGCUGGUUGAUCUGCAGGCCUCGAACGCCAAGAUUGCUGGUGACCUACAGGUCACGAAGGAAGAAACUGCCAAGCUUGGCCAGAUAUUGGCUGAGGAAACCGCCGAGGUGGCCAAGCUUGUGCAGGAGAGCGACGGUCUUAAAACGGCCGGUAAGAGUCUAAGACUGAAGUACGAUCAGCUAAAGUCUGAGAAAAAGACUCUUGCGAGGGAAAAGGAGCGCCUGCAGAUGGAUGUUAGGGACCUAGAGAAUGCACUGGACGACCUCGCCGGUGAGAAAGAGAAGUUGGAGGAAGAUAUAGACCAACUAGAAGGCGAGGUCGAAAAAAGGGAGGGCGACAACCAAGUCCUGCUGGAGCACAACGAAGAGCUGUUUUUAAACUCCGUUGCUGCGAAUAUCGAGCACCAGCAGGCUCGGGACAGAGUGGGUAACCUAGAGCGCCAGGUGGCGGACCUCGAGACGUCUGAUAUCACCCAGGCUGUGUAUGUUCCGUUGGUCAUUCACGCUCCCCCUAUGAAUCCUUCACCAUACCGCUCGUUUGCCGCUCGGCCAUUGAUGCUGAGUCUGGCCAAACUCCUGCUCGUCGCUGUUUUACAAGUUCCUUUCACAACCGCUGCACCUCUUUUCUCACCUCUUUUCCUGUCAUCCCGUGACACAGAACCAGGAAAGGAACCGAGCGAUCCGAGUUUAUGGAUUUAUUUAGGGUUUUCAGCUGCUCUUGUGUUGAGCGGUGGAGCAUUUGCGGGUCUUACAAUUGCCUUGAUGGGACAGGAUGAAGUUUAUCUCCAAGUCAUCAAGACAUCCGGCGAAGAGCAUGAAAGGAAAAAUGCUGCUAGCGUUCUCAACCUCUUGAACCACGGAAAACACUGGGUCCUUGUCACCCUCCUCCUCAGCAAUGUUAUCACAAAUGAAACUUUACCUAUCGUCCUUGACCGAACACUUGGUGGUGGUUGGCCGGCGGUGCUAGGAAGCACUGCUUUGAUUGUCAUUUUCGGCGAGAUUGUUCCGCAGUCCAUUUGCGUUCGUUAUGGUCUUCCCAUUGGUGCCUGGAUGGCACCUUGCGUCUUGGUCUUGAUGUACAUCAUGUCCCCCGUGGCCUGGCCAAUUGCAAAAUUGCUAGAUAGACUACUUGGAGAGGAUCAUGGUACCAUCUACAAAAAGGCCGGGUUGAAAACGCUCGUCACCCUCCACAAAACCUUGGGAGAAGCUGGAGAGCAACUCAACUCCGAUGAAGUGACCAUCAUCAGUGCAGUUCUCGACCUCAAAGAGAAGUCAGUGGGCAGCAUUAUGACACCAAUGGAUGAUGUCUUCACUAUGUCUGCUGACACUGUCUUGGACGAACGCACAAUGGACCACAUUCUUUCCCAAGGAUAUUCUCGUAUCCCCAUCCACUCCCCUGACAAUCCAAUGAAUUUUGUUGGUAUGCUCCUUGUCAAAAUGCUCAUUACCUACGACCCGGAAGACUGCAAACGUGUCCGCGAGUUUGCUUUGGCUACACUUCCUGAAACACGCCCUGAAACAAGUUGUCUGGAUAUUGUGAAUUUCUUCCAAGAGGGCAAGUCCCACAUGGUUCUUGUCUCUGAAUAUCCUAGUGAAGAUCGUGGCGCUCUUGGUGUUGUCACCCUAGAAGAUGUCAUCGAAGAACUGAUCGGAGAAGAAAUCAUCGACGAAUCUGAUGUCUUCAUUGAUGUCCACAAAGCCAUCCGACGAAUGACACCUGCACCUAAAUCUCGUGUCGCCAAAGGCAAGAUCGUCGAGGAGCCUCCUUUGAACGCCUCGGUUGUCACCGAUGGCGACUUGGUCGACGUGGAUUCCACACGACCCUCAUCUCUCCCCAAGCCUUCCGACUUGAUUCGACGCCGCAGUUCCGUGGAAUCACCCCUUUCCCGCUUUCAACUUCGCAAAACUAAUACCGACAUCAAUCCAGACUCAGCAAAUGAAUGGGUCACACAAGUCGGCACCACAGAGGAGAUUCGAGAACAUCUCAAACAUCUUGGUCCCUCUAACCUGGCCAGUAGGCCGCGCCAAACUCGUUAUCAUGCCGUCAAGAUCAAGCGCAAUAGCAACUCUCCGUCCCGGUCCGCACAAACCGAUUUUGAGUCUGGACAAAGCACCUCUGACUCCCAAAAACUUAUCCCUUCUUUUACCGCAUACCAAGGUGGCAUAGGCGCGGGCUUGCUCAACUCUGCUGGACCAGAUGCCAAAGAUGGUGCGCAUGCUCUCAAAAUUGGCUACGGCACCAUGUCUUCGCAUGACAGUGUGAGCAAAGGCACCGGUGCUCAGCAAUACAAAGACCUCCCACAAGUCUCCAUUCCCGAGGCUGUCCGCGAGGAACAUGAAGACCAACCGCGUUCUGGGUCGACGCGGAAGGCUAGUAGUGACGAAGGCAGUGUUGAAUCGUCGGAUACACCAGGCUUUAUAUACCAUCACCGCGGACCGGCGCGAAGUGGAAGCAUCACAGAACAAAUCGUGGAUGUCAAUGGUAUCCGCAAAGUUGUCCUUCAUGCAAAUUGUUCGAGUUCUUCAGAAGGGGAAUCCCAUCCGCCGGGUCGGCAUCGCGACCAGCACCAUGCCGAGGGUGCGGUCCUUGACACCGAUGAUGGGAAGUCAGAAAACCCGGACAGUGGACAUACGAAGUCCAAAAAGAAGCGCCGCCGCAAGAAGCAUGGAAAGGGGUCAAAGGCUGAUGAUGGGGGUCCAUCAGAGGACCAGCCUCUACUCAAAUGA